AGAACAAAUGACUCGAAGACAAAGUCUGGACCUCUAAAAAUUGAAGAACCUGUCCAGAAUUCCUAAACAAGCACUAGAAGACAAACAGAGUAAAGUGCUACAGUUCAAAAUUCUUGAACAACAACUAGAAGACGGAUUCUAUGGAAAAAGGAAUCCCUCCUUUAAGAAUUGGGAAGCCUGGCCACUGGAAGUCAGCAUGCCCGUACCCAAAGGUGGAGAAGUACGGAGAAAGAGAAAGGAUCGAGAAGAAAAAGAAAGCAAUGGUUGCUGCUGAAAGUGACGAGUCAUCCAGCUCAAGCUCGGAUGAAGAAGCCCUCGUCUGCAUGGAGCGCAGAGUUGAGAAGUCCAACCAUGAGGAUAGGUGGACUAUGUCAGAAGAUGACACUCUCUGCCUAAUGGCCAAAGAUGAUGCUGAUCAAGAGGUAACCUCACAAACCUCCUGCUCAUCUUCUUAUAGCAUACCAACUUCUGAAAAUCUUUUUGACCAGUUCAAAAAGAUGAUGAAAGAUUUUGAGGAGAUAAAUCUCAAACACUCAUCCUUAACAGAAGAGAACAAACUAUUGAGUGAAGAGAAUCUCAAGUUGACUGAAAGUCAGAAAAGUCAACUGAAUGAGAUCACUCAACUCAAGACUGAAAAUGAAUCUCUCUCUGAAAAGAAUGGAAAGGUCAAGACUGUCAAAUCGAAGAAGGACCCACAAAGGACGAUUCAAGUCAUCAAUUCCACUGUUGGAGGGACAAAAGUGAAGCUUUCGCAGAAGAAAUUGGGAGAAAAGCUUCACCUUCCCAAUUCUGGAGUUGAAAUUGGGAGACUUCCAGCCAAGAAUCUGGAUUGGAACAUUAUUGGAAUUUCUCGGCAAACUCUCUCUGGCCCAGCGAAGAAAACUCAUCUGAACAACGACUACAAGCUAGUCCUUGAACUAGUCAUCGCAUGCCUCGAAUGUGGAAGUGGAGGACAUGCUAAUGACAUCACCCAAGAGAGGGCCUUCAUCAUCAAUGCCCUCAUUACCAAGUCUAAGGUAAAUUGGGCUGCUCAUUUCUUCAAUUCCAUCUCAAAGCAUCUGGGAAAACCCAACCAGAAAUACCUUUGUCAAGGUCUGUACAUUGGACAUAUCUUGGAGUCCUUGGGUGCUGCUUCUAAAGGAAAGAAGUAUGAAGCCAGAUAUUGGCUAUACUAUCUGUCUUCCAAAGGGGAAAACACAGCUGGUGCUAGCACAACUGCAGAGGAAAGUUCUUCAGACAAUGUUCUUAUCAUGAAAGAAGAAGAAUUCUCUGACCAAGGAGAACUACAAAGGAAAAAGAAGAGGAAAAUCACCUCUCCCUCAACAUCUGGAUAUGUCAAUCCAGAUGAGUUGAAGGAGAAGGAACCAACUGAGGAAACCUCUGCCCACAACCGGAGUCCUCAACAACUUGAAGAAGAAAUUCCUCAAGUUCAGAAUUCUCCAACCUCCUCACAACCUCAAGUAGAUGAUGCUGAGAAUCAAUUCUGGCAGCUCUACUAUGACGGGAGAGCUUGGAAAGUUGGAAAUUCAGCAGAACAGUUUCUGAAUUGGGACCAGCAGCUGAAGAAUGAGAAGAUCAUCAAGAAAUGCUUAGGUCUGCCAGUCAACUAUUGCUGUGAGCAAAUCCUAGAUGUUGACUGGGUAUGGCAAAGGAACUAUAAAGAUUUGCAUCUGGAACACUUGGUCACCUCACCAAUUUCAGAAUUUGAAGUGGAUGAUGAGGAUCCUGCAGUCUACAAACCAGUCCUCUCAAAAACCACAGAAGAUCAGGUGGUUCUCACUUCUGAAGCACAGGCUAACUUGGAAACAACAGCUGAGGAUUUCCAAAUAUUUCCGGAAACCUCAUCUGCCUUUGAAACUGUUCUACCUGAAGCUGCAGUCUCUACUCCACAAAAACAGAACCAGGAAGGAUCAAAUGAAGAACUCCAGCAACUUCUCCAUUCUGAAGCUUUAGAGAUUCUCACAAAUCCUUGUGAGAUCACUAAUCCUACUGAAACUGAGAUCCCGGAGAAGUCAGCAGAAAAUCUGGAGAUGUCCAAAACUCUAGAAACAAAUGAAGCUCAAGAAGAGCAAGCUGAAGAAGCGCAGAGAAAUUCUGCAGAAGCUGAUAAGGAAACUCAAAUGGCAGAACUGGAGGCCUCCAAAUCUCCAGUAGCCAUUUUUGAAGGACAGAAUGAAGCUAAAGAAAGAGACUCCCUCUCUCGGGAUAUAUCAAAUUUUACACUUGGGGAAGCAGAAGAAGAAUCUGAAAGGACCCUGAAGAUCAAUGAUGAAGAAGAUGUACAAGAUAAUGUUGAAUCUCUUCCUAUGCAACUCUUCCAAAGAACACCCUCUUCUCAUCAGGUAACCAACUUCCAUUUUCAUAGCUCUUCCAUUCCUACUCUUCCGGAUGAGGUACCGGAAAUCUGGACAAAGAAGGUCCAAGGGUUGAUUGAAUCAGCCCUAGCAUCUCAACAUGCCUCCUUUAGGCAAGAGAUAGAGCAGAUGGAAGCCAGGCACAACAAACUGAUUGAGAAAUCCGAAGAGACACACUUCUCCAAUCUCAAGGAGAUAAGCAAAUCAGUGGAUAAAACUCUAGAGAUCUUAUCUCUAUUGAGUAACACUGUGAGCAACACGAUGGAGACAUAUGCAUCUGACAUUUAUCUUCAACUCAAGGAGGUUAACAAAAUCAGAGAGCAAAUAGCAAAUGUCACAAUCAGUCUACAAAAACAAAUGUCCAUUCUCCAAAUGGACAUCAGAGCAGCUCUAGCAGUAUCUUCAGCAAAUCAAGUAGUAACCAAAGACUACUUGAAGGUAAUCAUUGACAAUCAGAAGGAAGCACACAAACUAUUCAGACUUCUUACCACAAAUUCUGGAAAUCGCAAGAUGGAAGUGGUUCUUCAACCACACAGUCCGUCCUUGAUUCCAGAGCUCCCCAUUGCAGUCAAAAAAGGAGAAGUCUCUUACAUUCCUACGCAUCUAAACUUGACUGAUCUAGUCCUUGAAGCUCAGAGAAGCAAUCCGGAAAACUCAACACAGCGCUUAUCCAACUCCGGAUUGGAUGGAACAGAGGCUGUAGGAACAAUUGCUGCUCACUUCUCAAAUGAAAAUCAAACAGAGGAGAGACGCAACAACAUAAGGCGCAUCAAAGAACUAUGUGGAAACAUGCAAGGCAUCAGGGAGAUUGCUGAAUCUUCAAAGCGCAAGAAGCACUGAAGGCUUUUUUUCAUCAAACCAGAGGGAAAAGUAUGUGAAAACAUUAAUUUGCUUUGAUGAAAACACCUUCUUUUCUAAACAUUGCUUUAUUGGUUUAAACAUUGCCUUAACAUUUCUCUUAAUUGUGCUUACUAAGCUUGAUUAUACCUAACUCAAGUAUGUUUUUGAGAUUUAUUCCUAGCGCAUACAUUCAGGGGGAACUUAACUAAGUUUUUGGCUAACAAUUGUUUUUGGCAAUGAAUUAUUGAUAAGCUC